AUGUGUGUGUGUGUGUGUGUGUGUGUGUGUGUCUGUGUGCACAUGCACGUUCAGUCGUGCCUGACUCUUGUGUCCCCGUGGCCCUCCUCUGUCAGUGGAACUUUCCAGGCAAGAAUAUUGGUGCAGAGGGGGUUGCCAUUUCCUACUUCAGAGGAUCUUCCCAACCCAGGGGUUGAACCUGGUGUUUCUUUUUCCUCCUGGAUUGGCAGGUGGAUUUUUACCACUGGUGCCACCCAGGAAGCCCACUGGAUAGAUGGUGGUCCCACAAAAAGUGUAGAAAAUAGAAAGAGAAGUAGGUCUGAAGGUAGAAGGUGA